AGUGAUUAGAGGUGAGGUUAAUUGGUGUACCUAACGUUGAUCGGUGCUUAGUGUUCACUUAGGAUGAAGCUGGUUUUGGCACUUGUUGUGUUGGUGAAUGCCGUCUUCCUGGUUAGUGGCCAAAAUGAUGGUCGGUAUAGACCACCCACUGUGAUUACGACUACAAGGCGCCCCACGUAUAGGACUUAUCGCCCGAUUGACCCAUACAAUAGAUACCAAAGCAGAAACGAAGGCCGAUACACUGGAGGUAGCGAUGGUCGGUAUCGUCCCAAGAAUGACGGCCGAUAUUCUGGCGGAAAUGAUGGAAAAUACGUGCACGUUGACGUGAGAUACCAACAUUUGGGAGAUGGAGAUCGUGGUAAGUACAGUCACAUUGGAGGCCCUUCUGGACCAGGAGCCGGAAAUCAAGGAGGAUUUGGAAGUGGCGGUGCUGCAUAUAGAGGAGCUGGAUCGACUGGAGGUGACAACGGUGCUGGUGAUGGAAAUGAGGCAACCGCAGCUCCCACUCCUGCACCGGCUCCAGUCUUUGUUCCUACUGCCGCAGCACCCGUGAGUGCAAGGCGACCCGAGGUUCGAGUUGCAUCGGGCCCAUCUGGCGAUGGAUGGAAGAUCAUCUAUUUAGAUAAUCACAUGCGUGGCGAUGGAUACAAUUAUGUAUUCGAAACGCAAAACGGUAUCAACGCAGAAGAAUCGGGAAAGAUUGAAACAACCGCCGAGGGAGGAGAGGGACUACGUUCUCAGGGAUUCUAUCAGUACGUUGGCGAUGACGGGCAGGUUUACCGGGUAGAUUACGUAGCCGAUAGUAAUGGGUUCGUACCGCAAGGCGAUCACAUUCCCAAAACGCCACCAGCGGUCGAAAAGCUUCUGGCAUACUUGGCUAGUCAGCCGAAGCAGUAGGCAACAUUGAUGAAAGCUUUUGAUUUCUACUGAAUGACGCUCUGUGUUGAAUUAUAACAGUUUGAAACCCGUAUACCAAA